AUGCCUUUAAGACAGAAAACUGUAGAGCAGGCCUUAGAUUUGGCAGGUUUUUCUAAAUAUAACCUGUACUUAUUCCUGUUCUACGGAUUGGCCAUCCUUACCAUGACCUUUGAGUUCUUUGGCACAUUCUACAUAAUGCCACCCAUGGCAAGGGAGCUUGGUGUCUCCGAUUUCCAGCUGGAAAUUUUAACUCAAGUAUUGACUGGAGGACUCUUCGCAUCUUCUAAAAUAUGGGCACACAUAUCAGACACCAGAGGCAGGAAGAAGGCACUGAGGAUAGCGUUGACAAUGAGCUUUUUAUUUGGUACUUUUGCUGCUUUCUCGCCCCACUGGAUCGUUCUAGCUGUUAUUAAAUUAGGGUCUGCAGCUGGUGUUUCCGGUACAUUUGUAUCUUCUUUUCCGUUGCUCAUCGAAUGUACUCCGAAGGCAAAAAGAAGGGCAGUGGUAACAUUGAGCACCAGCACUUUUUUGGUGGCUUUAGGGACGAUGGCAGUUUUGUCAUUUGCUAUUCUGUCACUCAGGUUCUCAAGCUACAUCCCAGGUUUAGCCAUUUACUUCACAUCCUGGCGAUUGCUGUGUUUGCUUUUUGCAUUGCCUAGUAUCUUCUGUAUAAUUGGAAUGAGAUACGUGUUCGAGAGUCCAAAAUAUUACCUCACUCUAGACAAUGAAGCAAAGGCUCUGGAGCUCAGUACAGUAAUUUUGGAUGAGGACAACAUAUCCACGAAGGACAUGAAAUGUUUAAGAUCAUUUUGGACUCGUCUUCGUAAUAUUUUCAAGAAGCCACGUAUGGUUUAUUUUACACUGGUGAUGAAAUCUCAAGUCGCUUGCUACGUUAGUGCGUACUGUUACAUAGAACUAAUGCCUAUUAUUGCAAGUGCCUUUAUAGCAUCUAAGGCUAAAGGUCAUACUCACCUUACCGUAUGCGAGAUGAUCAGAGAUCGCCAAAACACAACCAUGUCGGAACAAAAUAAUGAAGCUUUUAUUAACGGUUUCGCCAUGACGAUGGUAUUCACCGUUGGUAUAGCCCUGGCAAUGCUCAAUGUCAUCAUCAAUACUCUAACUAAUUACAUUAGCAGAAAAAGAAUUAUCAUCGCUAUUCAGGUCUUGGUUACGAUUGCAGCUUUGUGCCUUAACUUCAGUCCCUAUGGUGUGCUAACUGCAAUUCUAUUUAUGUGCGUUUUAUCUGGCGUCUUAAAUCUUGGUCUUCUUUUCUCUUACGUCGGUGAUAUUUUCCCUUCUUUUAUCAUGUCUCUGGCGGUCGCAUUCACAGCCGUGGCUGGGCUUGGUCCUGCCUCUUUAGUUGCUAUGUUGGUCAAGAGAUUUAUAAGGAGCAAUUGUGAAGUUGUUUUUUAUAUAGUGACAGGUGUUUCUUUGAUUUGCGUGAUAAUUAUGAGUUUCUUGCCCUCAAACGAGACACUCUACGAAAACAGAAAGUUACUGAAUCAAAGAGUACCAAAAGAGGACGAGGAGAACAGAAGCAGUAGAUACUCGUAUUAUAGUUAA